AUGGCAGACAAGAACCGUCAGCAACCGAUGGCGACACAGCAUGCGGCGCCCAAUGAGGAGGCCCAACAUGCUGCUGACGACGAGAAAUCCAUGAGCCUCAUCCAAGCGAUCAAGCUUUAUCCAAAAGCGGUCGGUUGGUCAGUCGUCCUCUCGAGUGCUCUCAUCAUGGAAGGGUACGACCUUGCGUUGUUGGGUAGCUUGUACGGCAGCCCUCAGUUCAACCGCAAGUACGGAGUCUUCAAUGCUGCUACAGGCAAGUACAGUGUUCAGGCGAGUUGGCAGAGUGCUCUAUCGAACGGAGCACGAGCCGGCGAAGUCAUUGGUUUAUUCAUCAACGGUUUUGUCAGUGAGCGGUAUGGGUACCGGAAGACUAUGAUAGGUGCUCUGAUAUCGAUGACUGCCUUCAUCUUCAUCCUGUUCUUUGCACCCAAUGUCCAGACAUUAGUCAUCGGCGAAGUCUUUUGCGGUAUACCCUGGGGCAUGUUCCAGACACUCACAACGCAGUACGCAUCGGAAGUGGCGCCUGUACGCCUGAGGCCGAUUCUGACCACAUUCGUCAACAUGUGCUGGGUAAUGGGACAGUUCAUCGCUGCAGGUGUGAACCGCGGCUGGGUCCAACGUCCAGACCAAUGGGCUUACCGUAUUCCUUUCGCUGUACAAUGGGUCUGGCCCCUACCAAUCAUGGUCGGUGUGUUUCUCGCACCUGAAAGUCCUUGGUGGCAUGUUCGCAGGGGAGAUAAGGCAGGCGCCAAAGCUGCAUUGCUUCGUCUGACCUCGCCGGACAAGGACCCAAACUUUAAUGCCGACGAAACGAUUGCCAUGAUUGAACAUACCAACGAAAUGGAAAAGAACAUGUCGGAAGGGACACGAUGGGCGGACUUGUUCAAGGGGACAGAUCUCCGACGGACCGAAAUCGUAUGCUUCACUUGGAUCGCUCAAACAAUUUGCGGGACCAAUAUCAUGGGCUACUUCGCGUACUUCAUGCAAAAGGCAGGCCUUCCAACCGUGCAAUCGUUCAACAUGUCGAUGAUCUCACUCGCUCUUGGCCUGAUCGGUACCGCUGGUUCGUGGUGGUUGAUGCAGAAGUUUGGCAGACGAACGAUCCACUUCUCGGGUGGUUGCGCACUCUUCGUCAUCCUCAUCAUCGUCGGAUCAUGCUCCUUUGCCGGCACCCAGGCCUCUAAUUGGGCUAUCGGAGCGGUGUUGAUUCUCUUCGUCUUCGUAUACGACUUCACGAUUGGCCCAGUAACCUACUCGAUCGUCUCGGAAAUGUCAUCCACAAGAUUGAAAGCGAAAACAAUUGUGCUCGCUCGAGCACUGUACAACAUUUCCAAUAUCGUCGUCAACGUGUUGACAAACUAUCAGCUCGGGGAUGCCAACUGGGCUUGGGGUGCGAAAACGGCAUUUUUCUGGGCUGGUACCUGCGGCUGCGUUGUGGUGUGGGUGUACUUUAGACUGCCAGAACCGAAGGGCCGAACGUACGGUGAGCUCGACAUGUUGUUUGAGCAGCGAGAGGCUUCCCUGUCGCCAGCUAUCACAAUCACAGCAACGCCUGUAGAGUUUACGCAGAGCGUCUUCGAAGAGUUCAUUAGCGUCUAUGAGAACCGUAUAUACAGGCUGGUGUCUCUUCUACCCGUUAAUGUGUUGCGAGAGGAAGCUAUACGAAUGCAGAUUUCGCCCAUAUCUUGUCAGCUCAUAUUUGCCUUCUGCGCAUACAUCGCAAACUUUGGGCACAUCACCGAUGAUGCCAACUGGGGGCCCGUUCAGUCUUCACUAGUAAACCCGAAAACUUACUACUUAGAUCAUGCCUUGCUUUCUCUGGACCGAGCCAGGGUCACACAGCUUGACCCCCGAUCCGUUUACAUAUCCUUCUUCUUAUACGGAGCGUACGCUGGCCAAGGAAACUACCGUCAGGCAUGGUUCUAUCUGAGAGAAGCAACGACCCUAUUCAUGAUGCUAAAGGAUGAGGAUCAAGACUGGUUCGACACGAAAAUACGAAAACGACUUUUCUGGAUUUUGUUAGUGUCAGAGAGAGCACAUGGUGUUCGUAGAAACCGGCCGAUCACUUUAACUGUCACGCCUUCAAGCUAUCCGCUCGACGCGUAUGAAGAGCUCGGGUUGCGCUACCUUACAUCACUUUUCCGGCCUCUUAGUGACGUCUUCUUCGCAGUGUGGAACGGAUGUACUGAGGAUUGCAGUAAAGAGUGGCUGCUACAACUUGAACGCGAUGUUCGUACUGCGCUGCCUAUGGUACUCGAAAUCUCGAAUGAAGAGACUGCGAAUGUUCGUAUAUCGCAAUUCUGGUUACAGAUCAAGUUAUGGGAACUCUUCCCUCGCUUUGGUUAUCUCUCUACGGAGUCGGUAUAUGAUUGCUUGACAUUCAGAUACCCUAUUUUGGUGGCUAGAGACCUGACCACCCUUUCGAUGAAGCUGCCUAUCCAGAGUUUACAGAUCCACGGGGUCGGUAUGACUGAGAAGAUAUUCGACAUCGCCUGCGCCUUAGCGGACGUACUACCUUUUGUAUCGUAUCCUGCGUCGCAAAUGGAACUCAGUCCCCCUGAUUACUUGACGCAGUUAAUGCUGCUGAUAGCAAAGCUACCUGGUGGCUCGUCAAAAUUCAUACCUUUGCUGCUGGCCAAGAUCAACGAGCUACUCCCGGAUCUGAUGAGGCAUGUGUGUGAAGCAGUUCAAAUGCCCAUGCAUAUGAUCAACAACCCUAUGAGCCCAGACACACGAUUCAUAUACGAAGAGGAAGUCGGUAGGGGUCUUCACGCAGAUCUGAGAAGACUGGUAUAG